CUGGCUUUCCAGAUCGAGACGGCGCAGCCAAUAAGAUGGUGCCGCUCGCUUCUCUGAUUGGGCGCCCACAUUUUCGUGGCACUUUUUGAUUUGCUCAGAACCAAAACCUCUUAGCAAGUAUUCCUGUAGAGCCUGCAUGACCACUUAAUAUACGUCAAACAGCCGACAGAGAGGGACCCAAAUAAUAUAUCAAGAAAUAUGGAUGAGCCGCUAAACACCGUGCGUUUCCAAAGCAAGAUCAGAAAUGGAUUCGCGACUCAACUGAUGCUGGCGGCCAAGAGCGACGACCUGGAAAGCUGCCUCAGGGUGCUGGAAAGGAGUGGAGGCGCCCACUUGAAGACAAAAAGAGACAAUGUGUCGCUGCUGCACUUUGCCGCCGUGAACAAAACACACGGACUCGAAAUCAUCAGACACUUCACGCAGCUUGGACUGAGUCUAACGGCCUUAGACGUCGAUGACGAGGAACCGAUCCACUACGCCAUCAGGAUGGGCGACUACGAUUUCGCGAAGAAGCUGCUCAAAAUGCGAAACCCCACAGCUGGCUUCAACCUUCUCCACUUUUCCGUGAUGGUAAACAACCUGGAAUUUGCCAAGGCGGUGAACAACCACGACAACAACCUAGCUGACGAGUUUGAUGCUGAGGGGAGAAAGGUGCUACACUUGGCAGCCGAGUUCGGAGACCUGGAAAUGUUCAGUUGGGUGAUGAACGAGCUGGGCUCACACCCGAAUCAGGUUCGGAGUGCCAAAAACGCCUCGGCUUUGCACCACGUCGUGCUUAAUCAACACCACGCCAAGGAGAUUAUCAGCUUCCUUGCGAACUUGAACGUUUGGUCAGAUUCUUACCCAGACGGGAUGGUUGACGUGGACGCAAGGAACGCGUCAGACGUGACGCCUCUCCAGAUGGCUUUGUCCUUGGGAAGAGUCGAUGUGGCUCAGGAUCUGGUCCAGUUCGGUGCAAACGUAAAUUUCAAGUGGAACGGAAAGAAUCUGCUGCACCUCUGCGUUGAGGCGAAUAAGCUCAGAAGUGCUAAACUCGUGCACAAUUGGAACAACAAAAAGAUCCUAGAACGCGACUCGACGGGCAGAAGCGUGAUUCACAUUGCAGCCGAGAAUGCGGAUAGAUUCAUGUGUGAGUGGUUGUUCGAGAAGGGCGCAGUUGUCACGGCUUUGUGCUACGAGAAAAGGUGCAGCGCCCUGCACUGCGUUGGGCUGAACGUGAAUUAUGGAAAUAAGGAUCUGAUCCGCUUCUUCAAAACCCUGGGCUUCAGCCUUGAGAAACGAGAUAAUGAAGACCUCACUCCCCUCCACUACGCUUUGAGGGCUGGAAAUCUGAAGGUUGCUUCGGAUAUGAUCACACUUGGAGCUGAUUUAAGGGUGGAGUCAAACAGACUGAACCUUCUACAAUACUGCGUGAGGCACAAUUACUUGGAAAGUGCCAAAUUCAUUCACGAAAAGGACGGAGAAUUGAUCAAAAAGUUAUGUGAAGGUUGCGGGAGGACCGUCCUCCACAUGGCAGCAGAGUAUGCAGACGAGGAAAUGUGCCGUUGGUUGGUCGGUCAGGGUGUCAGCGCUUCUACCCUGAGCGGUGACAAGAAAAAUAACGUCCUACACUACGCUGCACUGAAUUUUACUCACGGAGGCUCGCUCGUUAACUAUUUCCUCUCCUUAAAACUCGCGCCAAAUGUCCGGAACAAUCAUGCCUUGGAGCCGCUGCACGUUGCCCUUGAACGUGAAAACCUGAAAGUUGCAGAGGAGUUGCUGAACCACGGCGCCAACAUAAACCUUUUAGUUGACGAUAAGAACUUGCUAAACUUUUGUGCCUCAAGAAACAGACUGGACGCAGCCAAGUUCGUGCACGAAAGGAACCCAGAGCUGAUCAAGGGCUUGUGUUUGGCAGGUAACACAGCUCUUCACAUCGCAGCACAGUUUUGCAGCUUCGAGUUUGGCCAGUGGCUUGUCGAGAACGGCGUCGACCCUAAGGCUCGCAAUGACCUUGGCCAUUUAGCCUGGCAAUAUGUUCCUGAUGUGAAAAAAGAUCUACAAAAAUACCUUAAAAAAUUCUAGAUUUGCAGG